AUGGCGGCGCUGAACCUCCAGCAGCCCAGCUACCUGCUGGCACUUCUUAAAGCAGAUGGUGUGGUCAAGUCUACAUUUCAGAGAUGCCUGGAUUCCAAGGUGAUAGAAGACUACUCUGCCAAGGAACUCCAUUUAAUUUUCCCUUGGCUAAUGGAGACUGUCUUUGGGACCCACGAUGGAACGGCUGUGGGUUGGAACUUGCGGUACUUGCAGGGCCGAAACAACCCAAAUGAUUAUGCAGCUGUGGUGGAGUUCUUGGAUCCCAGUGGCCCAAUGAUGAAGUUGGUUUAUAAACUGCAGGCUGAAGAUUAUAAGUAUGAAUUCCCCAUCACGUAUCUUCCUGGUCCCGUGAAGGCAUCGCUCCAAGAGGGUGUCCUACCAGACUUCCCAUUGUAUCAUAACAAGCUGCAGUUCCCCCUCUCGGCACUGACCAGUCUCAGUCUCUCACUCAGUAUCCUCUCUCAAGCUUGUAAUUGCCCACCAGGACAGCUCUUCAGCACCUCGGAUAGUGCCUAUUUUGUGGUAGUUGAUCGGUAUCUGAAAUACUUCCUUCCAAUAGAAGGGAGUGUGCCACCAUCGCCUUUCAUGAAUGCCUGUGGCAGCGUCUCUCCCCCAGCACCGAGAGCUCAAAGUGUCCCGUUCACCUCCUAUGGUGGGCCCCACACCAGCCUGCUGAAGCGCCACAUAUCUCAUCAACCCUCGGUCAAUACAGACCCAGCCGCGCAGGAAAUCUGGAGGUCGGAAACAUUGCUUCAGAUCUUUAUUGAAAUGUGGCUUCACCAUUAUUCUCUGGAAUUGUAUCAAAAGAUGCAGUCUCCCCAUGUCAAGUUGGAGGUGUUACAGUACCGCCUGGGUAUCUGCAGUACUCAGUACAACACUGCGUCACCACUGCCUGGCCACGGCACCUUCCACACCUACCAAGAACCAUUCACUCCGUCGGAGGAGCACGUGCUAAUGGUGAGGCUGCUGAUCAAACAUCUCCACUGGUUUUCCAGUAGCAUCAAACAGGAGCAAGCCUCGCCCUCGGCUCACUCUCACACUGGCAGCCCAUUGGAGGAUUUCAAGAGGUCAGUGAUUUCGUGCUUCUUUCAGCAAAAUCUCUACGUAUUCCUGCAGCAGUGCUUCACUCACUGGCCUCUGGAUGCCUCCUUUAGAGCUGUUUUGGAAACUUGGCUCAGCUACCUGCAGCCAUGGAGGUACGCAGCAGAGAAACCACUCGGCAUGAUGGAGUCUGUAGAUCGCAGUGUACCUGACAAAUGGUAAAUCCAUGGGCCUCCUUUGUACAGGGACAACUUGCUGAUGUUCACAAAGCUCUUCCAAAGCUUCCUGAAUCGAGCUUUGCGCACUGAUCUUGUCAGUCCCAAGAAUGCGUUGAUGGUGUAUCGAGUGGCCAAGGUUUAUAGCCAGCCCAACCUUGCCGACAUGAUCAAGGAAGCUGAGCGUCAGUUUAUGGAACCUGACCCCAUGCACCAUCCAAGGCAGCACCGUGUGUAUGCCUCUCCAGCCUUUGGCAGCAGCUUCAUGUCCACUUGGCAUCCCGUGGUGGAAACCACCUUCCGAGUGAAGAGUCAUGUCUACAACCUGGAGGGGCAGGACUGUGUGUACAAGCAGAUGUUUGGUCCUGAGGUCAGGGGCCUGGUGAUGAAGCUGGCCCAUUUAAUAGCGCAGGCCAAGCAGACGGCUAAAUCCAUCUCUGACCACACCGCCGAGCAGUCCACCGGCCACUCGCUCAUGUCUUUACUGGGCCUUUCCACUUAUGAUUUCAACACCUCCGUCUAUGGAAGCAAUGACUUGGAUGACUUGGGACCUGACGAGAUACGAAAAACAGACGAAUAUUUGGAAAGGUCGCUGGAAUACUUGUGUCAGGUGUUCAAGCUCAGCACCCCUCACCUGGCACCCCUGGCAGCGACUGUGGGGGCAGGCAGUGACGAGAAUGGGAGGCACCAGCUGCCUGACUGCAUCGAAGGAGAGGACGGCCUGACCCUGACCCAGCUCGGCCGGUACCAGAUUAUAAAUGGUCUCCGAAGGUUUAAUGUGGAGUACCAGGGUGACCCCGAGCUCCAGCCCAUUCGCAGCUACGAGAGCAGCGUGUUAGUGCGCCUGCUGUACCAACUAUCGUCUGCCAUUAACCUGCGGUUUGCCAGGGAGAUGGAGGCCAUGUGUCAGCAGCAAGGCAUGCUGGGAAAGCUGUCCCGUUAUUACCUGAGCAGCCCCGAGCAGAGCCGGAGGCUGGCGCCCAGUCCCGCGGCCCACCGCAGUCUCCAGCGCCGCCCCCCUCGUCACCCCCGCCUCAGCCUCCGCUUCCUGGCCAGUUACCGCACGCUCUUCUCUCUCUUCCUCUGCAUGGUAAUCGGUGCCACCCUCAGUCUGAACCCUUUGACCUCAUUCAUCUGAUCCUGACUCUCUGGUUUCUCUACGGGGUUGUCUGGGCUCUGUGCUCAGACCCAGCAAAAGCCCCACCGCGCCUGAAUACGAGGAGUACCCAGCACCUCCUCGCCAAAGGACUCGAGGUUAAUUUAGGAUCAAAGCCAAGGUUUUUUAAAUGAUUUUUGAACAGUACUUACGUUGUGGUUGUAAAUGUGGAGAGAACAAUUUAUUUUUGCAACGGCAUUUGUUUGUGACAAUGUUCUAUCAUAAUUUUAAUAUUCAAUGCAAUAUAACUUGUAAAGUUCUGACCCAGAAAUGUUGAGGAAGUUUAGGGAUUGUUGUGUUUGAUUGGUGGAUCUCCUCGCCGUCCACCAGUUUGUUUCUACACCCUGUGUUCUGUGUCUGCUUCACUCCAACGGAUCACGGCUCCUGAUAACAGUGUCGACACUGAAACUUCCACCUUGAAGUUGUGCAGACUGAGCCCAGCCCAAGUAGGGACCAGCUCACACAACAGUGUGGUCUAAACUCGUUCUGUGUCGUAAUUAUCUCAAACUCAGCGUUAGAGAGCCUGAGGUAAAAUGUCACAAGCUCCUACGCAGUCGCUGGAGGAACAUGCAAACUCCACGCAGACAGUACCCGAGGUCAGGAUUGAACUGGAGUUGAAGUAGCAGUGUUUACCACCCUGGGCAGUGUGCUGAUUAAUCAGCAAUGCCCGUGAUCGCACGCGAGAUGUUUCCAAGCCCAGUGUUAAUUUGGGAACUGCCUGAAGCCUGCACUGGUUUACCAGACAGUGCAACCAAUUAAACUGUCCCUGUGAAAGGGUUGUGCUGUCUGACACAAUGCUCCAGAUGCAGCUUUUCCAAUCUCCAACCAUCUGCUGCGUCGUCUCCUCUCUCUAACACUGUGACUUAGUAACGAUGCAAGCUCUUGCAGCCUCAGCCAGAGCCAAUUCCCUGCUGUUCCAUUGACCCUGAGAAAUUCACCCUGUGCAUCCGUACCCUGGCUGCCUCUGAUCACAGUCGUUCCCAACGGCCAGUGGUUUGGGAUGACCCUGGGUCAGUCGAUGCUGACAGUCAUCGAGGUAACAUGCUGAUUUAUAAAUUUACCAGGUGCUUCAGCUGGGUUCCAUGGGCUCUUUCACCUCACUGACCAUUAACUGAAAGGGCUCAAAAUUCGGCUGCCCACAGAAGCCUGUCUGCCUCUGGAACUUGUUCCAUGACAGCAUGAUACUGGCCAACAGCUCCACAGCAGAUCCAAUCCUGCUGCAGACCAGUGAGAGCAAGGCUGGGCUGCAGUCACGAGCCAAGCUGCUGUGUGCAGGGGACGGUGUUGCGCGCGGAGACUGCUCCAACCCCGUGGCCUCUCGCUGAAGGGUGUGAGUGGGGUGCUCCGUGCAGUCGGUGUACAAAGGUCGUCCGGACCACUGCCUUCAGCGACUAAAGGUCCACGCCGAGAGUGGAAAGCAUGGGUCGGGAGCCAUCCUCGGUGAAGGCAGCCGUCAGUGUGUCAGUACACCCUUUGGUCAGCUCGAGUCCAGAGCCCUGGCCGCCUGCGGAUUUGGAUCUGUGCUUGAGGCCAGGUGUGGAAGGCAGAUUUGUGAAUAACAUUUGUGAACCAGGUGAGUGUUGAGUUUAAGCUGUCACUGUCUGCACAUACUGGAUUAUUCCCAACCUGGCAUGUUGGGGGUGAGGUCUGGUCUGUGGAUUACUGGUCAUUGACUUAUGCAGCAAUGGCAUGUAUGUUCAGUA